GAUUAUUAAAAGCCUCUGACCGGCACCAUCUGGGACCUGACUCGCAAGCACUGCAACGACAUUGCUGCUCGGCCGUAGAGCUGAGACCGGCGACAAAGGCCUCAGAGGUCCAGGUGAUGCCUGACAGAGCAAUCACUGGGAGGUCCUGCAUUUGCUCCUCAAAACACUGCCUGCUUCUGUCGACUGUCAGCUGAACCCACACCUCCAUCACCGGGCGUUCUCGCAUAUAUAUACUCCAGUGCUGGACUCGAAAGCCAGUCCCAGCAGCAGCCGUUUUCUCGAACGCUUGCUCCCGAACGAAUGACUGGAUGCAACUGAUUUGCAAUCCGCAUUCCAAAUUCGUCGACGUUCAAAUUCGCUUCGGAGGGCUCGAUAAGAAGAAAACGCUUAGAUUUGAAGGCACUCAAAAAUGGCUGACAAUUCGAAAGUAUGGAGCCCUCGUCUAGGAAUAGAAGUGAAGAUGGCUUUGAACAUUGCCUGCCCCAUGAUUGUGACGAACUUGAUAUCGUAUUGCAUUAUCGCAUCCUCUCUGAUGUUUGUGGGCCAUCUGGGAGAACUGGAGCUCUCUAGUGCAGCUCUUGGCAACUCAUUAUGCAGCGUCACUGGAUUUACUGUGAUGUUAGGACUGGCAAGUGGGCUAGAGACGCUAUGCGGGCAAGCUUUCGGAGCGAAGCAGUUUCAUCUGCUCGGAGUGUACUACCAAACGUCGAUGUUUGUGCUUCUCUGCUGUUGUGUUCCGAUCAGCCUCUUGUGGUGGAACAUGGAGCCAUUGCUCCUUCUGAUAGGACAGGAAGCGCAGAUUUCUAACCACACAACGGUGUACAUGCGGACCAUGAUUCCAUUUCUUUGGGCAUCUGCCUUCAUUCAGACCACCAUAAAGUAUCUGCAGACCCAAAGCGUUGUCAUGCCCAUCAUGAUCUUCUCUGUGUCUACCUUUGUGGUACACGUUCCCCUCACGUACUUGUUGAUUUACAAACUGAACUUGGGAUACCUCGGUGGAGCAUUGGCUAUCUCCAUCUCCUAUUGGAUCAUGCUCCUUCAGCUUCUAGUGUACGUCGUUUACUCGGAAUCCACACGCGCAGAGAAAACUUGGACCGGCUUCGUACGACCGAGAUUAGACGUCAUCGUCCUGUUUCUUAAACUUGCUAUUCCCUCGGCUUUCAUGAUUAUCUUGCAAUUUUGGGCGUUUGAGCUUCUUGUUUUGAUGUCGGGGCUUAUGCCGAAUCCUAGGAGGGAAGUGUCCUUGCUCUCCAUCUGUCUCAACACGGCCGGUAUCGAGUUUUCAUUUCCUUUCGGUCUCAGUGCUGCAUCAAGUACAAGGGUGUCCAACGAACUAGGAGCUGGCAAUGCUAGGGGUGCAAAGCUGGCGUCCAAGGUGGUGAUGGGAAUAUCUCUUUUACAAGCGACAGUGGUAGCCUCGGCUAUGCUCAUCCUACGAGACAAGUGGGGCUAUGCAUUCAGCAGCCAGACUGAAAUUGUCAAGGCCGUAUCAGUGAUAUUGCCUCUUUUGGCGCUCGGGACUUUCAUGGAUGGAAUCCAAGGCGUUCUUGGAGGCAUUCUGAGAGGAUGUGGUUUGCAGAAUCCUGCCACAGUAAUCAAUAUUUUCGCAUUCUACUGCGUGGGAAUACCAACUGCUGUCUUAUUCGGCUUUCAUUAUAACAAGGGCGCUAUGGGCUUAUAUGGUGGAUGCAUUUGUGGGAGCAUAACUCAGCUGGUGUUGAUAACAAUUCUUGUGGCGAUGAUCGAUUGGGAGAAACAGGUUACUCUCGCACAGAGCAGAGUUGGAGAAAAAACAAAGGUUCCAGCUGAGAAAACCCGCCAAGUAGAAGAGAUCUACGAACCACUCCUUACAGCAUAAUCGUGGACAUGUGAGUGAGAUCCGAUAAGGAAUUUUCUUGCUGCUGAAAAUAUGGCACCAACUGUGCUUUACUCGAAACUGCAGUCUCAAGAGCGGAGGUUGAGAGGAUCAGGAUAUCAGAAGACGGUGAAGAAGUACAUGGUAGCUGAUAAGCGACUCUAGGAUUAUCCGGUGUAUCCAAUUGUCAGUACAGUCGCGAUAAAUUUUAGUGGCCUCUACGUUUCAGCUCUACAUUCUAGAAAGAUAGAUGCAACUCAAAACGCAAUUGAAGUUCCAUAAAGGUUGUCCUACUUGAUCCACUGCCAUUGAUCUGAAUUCUGUACAGAGAUGAUAAUGAAUUAGAGACGAGCCGACAGAUCUCGUCAAGAGAUUGACAGAUAAAAGAAUCGGGGCCAUUUAGAAACUUCGGUACACAUUAGCAUGUUGAUUAUUCCACGAUGAGGCAGUUACAGAGGUUGUCGCGACCGUAUACAUAUGUACUAACGACGGUGAGAAGGGUCACCAUUCCAGAAUUCAAUAUUCAGCUUUUGAAAAUUCGA